AUGCGGGAGCGCAUCUGGGCGCCGCUGCCGCUGCUGCCGCUGCCGCUGCUGCUGCUGCUGCUCCCGCCGCCGCUGUGGGGCGGCCCCCCGGACAGCCCGCGCCCGGAGGCGCAGCGCGAGCCCGGGCCCCUGCAGCCCUUCGACCUGCUCUACGCCAGCGGCGUGGCCGCCUACUACAGCGAGGACUACGAGCGAGCCGUGCGCGACCUGGAAGCGGCGCUGCGCAGCCACCGGCGCCUGCGGGAGGUCCGCGCGCUCUGCGCCCGCCGCUGCGCCGCCCGCAGCCCGCUCGCGCCCCCCGGCGCCGGCCCCGCGGCCGAGCUGCCCUUCUUCCGCGCGCUGCUGGAGCGCGCCCGCUGCGCCCGCCGCUGCCAGGCCGAGCGCCUCGGGGGCCCCGCGUCCCGCCACCGCGUCAGCGACGAUGUGCGCAGCGACUUCCAGCGCAGAGUGCCCUACAACUACCUGCAGCGGGCCUACAUCAAGCUUAACCAGCUGGAAAAGGCAGUGGAAGCAGCCCACACAUUUUUCAUGGCCAACCCUGAGCAUAUGGAAAUGCAGCAGAACAUCGAGAAUUACAGAACAAUGGCCGGCGUUGAAGUGCUCCAAUUGGUAGAUCGAGAAGCCAAACCACAUCUGGAGAGUUACAGUGCAGGAGUUAAAUAUUAUGAGGCUGAUGACUUUGAGCUGGCUAUCAAGUACUUUGAGCAAGCUUUAAGAGAAUAUUUCAAUGAAGAUAUGGAGUGCAGAGCCCUGUGUGAGGGGCCUCAGAGAUUUGAAGAGUAUGAGUACUUAGGGUACAAAGCUGGUCUCUAUGAAGCCAUUGCAGAUCACUACAUGCAGGUGCUGGUUUGUCAGCACGAGUGCGUGAGGGAACUUGCCACUCGCCCCGGCCGCCUGUCUCCAAUCGAGAACUUUCUUCCCCUGCAUUAUGACUACCUACAGUUCGCCUACUAUCGAGUUGGUGAAUAUGUGAAAGCCUUGGAGUGUGCCAAGGCCUAUCUUCUCCUCCAUCCAGAUGAUGAGGAUGUCCUAGACAAUGUGGAUUACUACGAGGGUCUGCUGGAUGACAGCAGUGACCCAGCAUCCAUUGAGGCCCGAGAGGAUUUGGCAAUGUUCGUGAAGCGUCAUAAAUUGGAAUCAGAACUAAUAAAAUCAGCUGCAGAGGGUCUGGGAUUUUCAUACACUGAACCGAAUUAUUGGAUCCGAUAUGGAGGACGACAUGACGAGAAUCGGGUCCCUUCAGGAGUGAACGUGGAGGGGCCAGAAGUUCAUGGAUUGUCAGUGGGGAAAAAGUCAUCACCCAAGAUAGAUCGAGACUUAAGAGAGGGUGGCCCUCUACUCUAUGAGAACAUCACAUUUGUCUAUAACUCGGAGCAGCUGAACGGGACUCAGCGGGUUCUCCUGGAUAACGUCCUGUCAGAAGAACAGUGCCGGGAGCUCCACAGCGUGGCCAGUGGAAUCAUGCUUGUUGGUGAUGGAUAUAGAGGAAAGACUUCACCCCAUACACCCAAUGAAAAGUUUGAAGGUGCAACUGUCCUGAAAGCACUCAAAUUUGGUUAUGAAGGCCGAGUCCCACUGAAGAGUGCCCGUCUGUUUUAUGACAUCAGCGAGAAGGCUCGAAAGAUUGUAGAAUCCUAUUUCAUGCUGAACUCAACCCUGUAUUUUUCCUAUACACACAUGGUCUGCCGCACCGCCCUGUCUGGUCAGCAGGAUAGAAGAACUGACCUCAGUCACCCCAUCCAUGCUGACAACUGCCUGUUGGAUCCUGAGGCCAAUGAGUGCUGGAAGGAGCCUCCCGCUUACACGUUCCGGGACUAUAGUGCUCUCCUGUAUAUGAAUGAUGACUUCGAAGGAGGAGAAUUCAUUUUCACUGAGAUGGAUGCCAAGACUGUGACCGCCUCUAUCAAACCAAAGUGUGGGCGUAUGAUCAGUUUCUCAUCUGGAGGAGAGAACCCUCAUGGAGUGAAGGCAGUCACCAAGGGCCAGAGGUGUGCUGUGGCUCUGUGGUUUACCUUGGACCCACUUUAUAGAGAAUUGGAGCGAAUACAGGCCGACGAGGUGAUCGCCAUCCUAGAUCAGGAGCAGCAGGGGAAGCACGAGCCGCCUAUCAACCCCAAAGACGAGCUAUGAACAUGAGGGAAAGAAAAGUUCUAUCAGAUAUUUAUUUAAAUUGUUAAUCUUAUGAGAACCUUUUUAUUUUUGUACAGAGCCGUGGUAUAAGUUAACAGGUUAAGCUGACUCUUCUGAUCCCCCUUCUGUUCCUGAGGAUGCUCGCUUUGCCCCACUCGGGCUGUCCGUCUUGGUUUCUCGUCAGGUCCACGCACACACACACAUGCACGUGCACGCACACAUGCACACACACACACACACACACGCACUCGGGCCCUGCAUUUGCUGCAGAUCUGAAAGCUCAAGCAGAAAGAAUCAGUUGUUGGCAAAACUACACGUCUCGUGCGGCUCCAGCUAUAAAGGCAGCGUGUGGUGUGGACCCAGAGGCCUUCCUGGCCCCUUGGGUGACACCGCCUCGCAGGGCUGGCGGCCGAGCUGGAGUCCGCAGCGGGGCCCGCACUGCCCCCCGGGGUGGGGAGUGCUGCAGGAGAUGGGAGCCCCACCUCUACAGGGCCCUGGCGUGGGGACUGGCUCUGGUGCCCUCACCUGAGAACACACCUCACCUACAUGGGAAGCUCUGAUUCAUCGUCCACAGUGCUCCGGACAGGACUGCCCUGAGCCUUGGGUCUUUGAAAAGAAUGGGUCAGGGGGUGGAAGGAGAGUGACCCUUCACCCCUGUGCCUUGGGAAGAACAUCCCCAGCCCCGCCUGGAGCAGGGCACCAGCGCCGCAAGCCCGAGUGUGGGGCCCAGUGGGGUGAAAUGUAUGAAAAAUGGAUUUCUGACUGAUUCCAGCCUUCCACUGCGUGUGUUUUGGGGUCUCCUCAUCUCGCUGCUAUCCAGUUCACAGAUUCGUGCUUGUGUCUGAUUGUUUAAUACAGGGAGCCUUACUCUAACAUCUAGCAUUUAUGGUUUCUUCUCCCGAAUGUUUGGUGUGGCUUCAGGUAAUGGGUGUGUGGUGGUGGCGGCGGGGGGUGCAGCCCAGGGACAACACUGGGCCAUGACUAGUCUGCUGGCAGGGGCUUCAGGACCACAAGGAAAGUGGAAGCAGUGCUGUUGAAGGAACAGAAAUGGUUUGCAGAGGUGUCGGUCCAGAGGACGUCUGGCCCUUGGCCGGAAUUCUGCGGAAACCCUGCAAAGACACUGUUUGCAGUGGGGCUGGGGUGGUUCUAGCCCAGGGAAGCCGGUGCCACGAGCCAGUGGGAGAUCACCUGCCUUGGUCAUGGGCACGGGUAGGGAUAGUCAUUCCUAAGAAAACCAUCAGAUCACAACAUUUUCUGAAAAAUCUCAUUUAUUUUUUUUCCAUUAAUGAUCUUGGUUAAUGGUAAGCUCAUUCAUCCUUUGAGACUGGAAAACUGAGUCAUCGUGACUUAUGUGCCAUCUCUUCUCCACCCAGCCUUCAGCUGGAAGAGUGGAAGGAGCAUCAGAUUUAUAAUCCCAGCUGGAUCGACGAUGCCCUGCUGUGUGACCUGCAGCCACCGUCUUUCCCUUUCUGGGCUUCGGCUUCCUUUUUCUGAAAACGAUGUCAUUGGUUAUGAUUGUUUCCAAAAGGCCCUCCCGCCUCUUGCUCUAAAUACAAAACCAAGCAAAUAAAAGACAAAAACCAA